AUCUCUAACAACAAAAACAGCUGUUAAAACAAUCACUACACAACUAUAAUACAAAAUAAUAAAUAAGCAUUCGGCAAAAAUAUGUUUCCAAUUCCAUUGAAAUCACUAAGUGACCAGGAACGUCAUGACUACAUUUUAAAGACUUUUAUUUUGAAUAAUCAAAGCUUAUCGGAGCGGAGAAAACACAAGCGUGAUAUAGAUGUUAUAAGGGAACAUCACCGGUUUUUGUGGGAUGACAGUGAUGAUGCAAAUGAAGAUUCAUGGGAAGUUCGUCUAGCGAAGAGAUAUUAUGACAAAUUGUUCAAGGAGUACUGUAUAGCAGAUCUUACGCGCUACAAAGAAAAUAAAAUUGCUUUACGAUGGCGAACGGAAGCAGAAGUUGUAGCGGGCAUUGGCCAAUUCCAGUGUGGCAGUAGAAAAUGUUUGGAAAAAGAAAAUUUGCGUAGUUGGGAGGUGAAUUUUGCCUAUAAAGAACAAAAUGAGCACAAAAAUGCUCUAAUCAAACUGCGAUUAUGUCCAGAACAUUCGCAGCAUUUAAAUUAUUCCUCAAAGAAACGGGAAAUAAAGCGAAUGAAGCACAUUGAACGGAAAAUGUUGAAGGACGAGAUGCGAAUGCACAAAAAAGCGUCCAAAUCUAAGAAUUAUCCAAAGGCCGACGUUAAUGAAUAUAAUAACGACUUCGACAGUUCUUCUACCACACCGAAACCAAUUAAAGAAGUUUCGACUAAUAAUGGGGAAAGUGAUAGUGGGGAAAACACUGAAUGUAAAAACAGAUUGGAGGUGUCAGAAGAAAUCUGGAAUAAGAAACCAGACAUUGAUACAGAACCAUAUUCUAGAGAAUGUGAAUUUGAGCGUUAUUUAGAAGAUCUAUUAUUAUAAAUGUAUUAUUUGAAUAUCUGUAUUACUUUAGUUUUUAUUGUUAUUUUUUUUUAUUCCUUAAUUUGAGCUCUUUAAAUUCAAUAGAUAAAGAAUUUAUAUUUUUUCCAACUCAUAAAGUAAAAAUUAUAAAAUGAAUAAACUGCCAUAAUUCCCAAAAAAUCAUAU